AUGGGUAUCGGAUCAGCGGUGAAGAACAUGUUAUCAGGCGACGAAAUCAAUCACAACCCCAAUUCCGCCGUGGCGGGCGACUCGACGAUGCCUGAGACAGUAGGCACCACCGGCGGUACGACUGCAACCUCAACUAUUAACAAACUCCCAUCUGGUUCUGGGCCUGGGACUACUGGCAGAACAUCGCUCGAUAACCCCACUACAAGGACUUCUAUGGCUGCUAUGCCGAGCGAAAUGCAUCAUCAGGCUGGUACCCACCCAACCUCACCGUCUACGGGGGACUAUUCUACCCAUCCCAGCGGCAACCCAGGGACAAAGUCCGGUGCAGCAGCAGCAGCGUCACCAUUUGCUGUAGGCGCUGGGUUGACGGGUACCGCGGGCACCACCAAAAAGCGUGGAAACGGUCUAUUUGGCGUUCGUUCCAGCAAAGAAGUUCCAAGGACUACCCCGAGUGCAACCACCGAUGUUGUGGAUGGACGGCCUGAGGGUGCUGUGGGUACGGGCGGAGUUGCUCCGGCUCAGAGGGGUGAUGUGUAUGAUUCCGAGGGGACUCAUCGUCGAGGACUUUUUGGAACUGGAACUGGAACUACGGCUGGGACGGGCACUGGUGCUUUAAAGCAUCAUCUUCAUUCGGCGGGUACUACUACUACUGCUGUUCAUGAACCUCAUCAUCCGGCCAUGGGGCGCAUUGUUGAUUUGCCGCAGGAUGCGAAAGAUAUUGAACACAUUACGGAUGAGCUGAAUCCUGUUACUCAUGAAGUCGUGCGUACUAUUGAGACGGAAGAGGUUUCUCGUGUUCAAGAGCACGAGCGUCAUAUUCAUCAUAUUCAACACCAUAUGCAACCCCUCAUCGCAAGAGAGGAGUUGCCAGAAGAACACACGGAUCACCGUUAUCCUCCUACUCAAAUUCGCGAGGUCGUCGCCAACAACGUAGAGGACACCGCGUUACUUGAUGGUUUACUUCGCCAGCAUCAGGAUACAUGUAAACACGCCGAAAAAGAGCGCAUUAUCGUCGAUAAAGGGACGGUUGUAAACGAACACAUUCAUCAUCACGUCCACCACAUCAUCCAACCCGUCAUCGAAAAAGAAACCAUCGAUAAACGACGCAUCCACGCCACGAUCCCCAUCCACACCGUCACCCACGAAGCUCCCGUCGUCCACCAAUCUCAAGUGCACGACCCCGUUCCCAUUGAGACGUUCGUAAAAAAAGCUCAUGGGGCAGUUCCGCAAAGUGCUAUCAAGAAGAAGGUUCUUCAUGGACAGAGUUCGCGUCAUGUUGAUGGAGUUGCUGAGGAGCUCGAGCGGGAUCUUCACCUUGGCAAGGACGCCCCUAUGCGUGAGGAGAAAGUCGGAGCAGGAGGAGGACAGUCAAAGUUGAGCCAGCGGCCGAUGAGUGGUGGUGGUGACACGUUCACGAAGUCUACGGCGGGGGCUCCGACGCUUGGUACUUCGAGGAAUUAG